AUGGCUCCUGCACUGACAGAAACAGCUCUCGGGACACAAUCCGCCGACUACGACAAGACCAUCAAGGCUAUCUUCCCAGAUGGCAUUAAGACCAGUGGCCAGCUCAACCCCAACUACGAUCAAUUGGCCUCGUAUGACAGCUUGCCAAGGGAGAUCACUGGACCCACAGUGUGGGACGCUGAAGACUACAAGAACAAUCCCGAGCGAUGGACACAUCACUUCAGUGCCGACGAGACAGCAGAGAUGAGCGAUGCGGCUGAUAUGUUCAUUGCUUCCGGCACGUCUCUAACUGGUAUCACAAAGGAAAAAUACUCCCUUCCCAGAAUGUCCGCCUUUCUCGAAUCUCUCCGCAAAGAGAUCUUGAACGGCAAAGGCUUCCUCCUCUUCAAAGGCAUGCCGGUCGAGAAAUGGGGCAACCACAAGUCCGCCGUCGCGUAUAUGGGUUUAGGUACAUACCUAGGCUACUUCGUCUCCCAGAACGGCCUCGGCCACGUCCUAGGCCACGUCAAAGACGUCGGCGCCGACGCCACUCAAAUCGACAAGGUUCGCAUCUACCGUACCGCAGCCCGACAAUUCUUCCACGCCGACGACUGUGAUAUCGUCGGCCUCCUUUGUAUCGCGCGGUCACUCGAAGGCGGCGAGAGCGAUAUCGCGAGCUCGCAUGAAGUCUACAACACCCUGCAACGGGAACAACCUGAUGUUGUGGAGACCCUAAGCCAGCCGAUAUGGUACUUCGACCGCAAAGGCGAAGUCUCAGAAGGCCAGGGACAGUACACUAAACAGCCAGUCCUCUACAAAGAGACUGGUGCAGAUGGCCGGAUUUACACGAAAUGGGACCCUUACUACGUCCACUCGCUAUCCCGCUUUUCCGACGCCGGAAUCAUCCCAGCACUGUCCGAAGCACAGCAAAAAGCGGCGCGAGUGCUAGAGGAAACUUGCCAGCGACUUGCGUUGCAUAUGAUCCUAGAAGUGGGAGAUAUCCAGUUCUUGAGUAAUGCCCAUGUGCUGCACUCGCGGACGGCAUAUAAAGAUCAUGCUCCACCACUCCCGCGAAGACAUCUGAUGAGAUUGUGGUUGGCGACGCCUGAGGGUGAGGGAGGGUGGAAGCUGCCAUUUAGUGAUUCGGGACAUAAGAAGAGAGGUGGGGUGCAGGUCAACGAUACUGCGCCCAGAGCACCUUUGGAUGCUGAGUAG